AUGGGAAAGGUUAAGGAAGAUAGCAAUGAAAACAAAACUGAGCUUAGUUUAGUAAGGGUCAAAGGUACCUGGAAGUGCAAACUAGGAAAAUCUGACAGUGUUUCUGCUGCAAAAAUCUAUGAGAGCAUCACAGAAAAGGGCACCAGUUGGACCGUGGUCAGCCCCAUCGUCUUUACUUACAAAGUUACUGAGACCCAGGACUUGCUGGACCCGAGCAACAACACUCUCCUGCUGGGCCACAUCACCGACCCACAGCAGCUUGAGGACAAUAAAAAAUCAAACAAGCAAAUUAAACGAUUUUUGGUCGUUGAUCAAGAUGUCUACAAAAUCUACGGUCCCAAGCUAACUAAAUAUUUAGAGGCCAACAAUGUCCUGUACAAAAUCUUAGCUCUACCCACCACUGAGGAGAACAAAUCCAUGAAAAUGGUCUUGAAGAUCCUAGAGGAGGUCGAUAACUUCUCCCUUGACCGCCGCACAGAGCCCAUCAUUGCCAUUGGUGGAGGGGUGUGCCUGGACAUAGUGGGACUGGCUGCCUCACUCUACAGAAGACGCACCCCUUACAUCAGGGUUCCAACCACACUGCUUUCCUACAUCGAUGCCAGCAUAGGAGCAAAGACUGGGGUUAACUUUGCAAAUUGCAAGAACAAGCUGGGUGCCUACAUUCCACCCGCCGCUAGCUUCCUUGACCUGUCCUUCAUACAAACUGUUCCACGGAGACACAUUUCCAACGGGCUAGCAGAGAUGUUGAAGAUGGCCUUGAUGAAACACAGAGGCCUCUUUGAGCUACUAGAGACACACGGCCGUAUGCUGUUGGACACUAAGUUCCAGGUGGACAACGGUGUAUACGGACGCAACUGCUUACAGGCUGCAUCACAAUCAACUCGUAUAGCCAUUGUAACCAUGCUGGAGGAGCUUGUCCCAAACCUUUGGGAGGAUGACCUAAACAGACUUGUGGACUUUGGCCACCUUAUCAGCCCAGCAUUAGAGAUGAAAGUUCUCCCAUCUCUGCUGCAUGGUGAGGCAGUAAACAUUGAUAUGUCGUACAUGGUUUAUGUGUCCAAAGAGAGUGGUCUAUUGACAGAGGGCGAAAAGCAAAGGAUCAUCAGCUGCAUGGUGGGCCUUGAGCUGCCUGUCUGGCAUGAGGCAUGUACCAUGGAGCUCAUACAGAAGUCUCUGAACGAUAGGCUGAAGCAUUCGGGAGGCCUCGUCAGAAUGCCACUCCCUAUUGGUCUUGGGGAAGCAGACAUUUGUAAUGACACAUCUUGUGAGAUCCUGGACCGAGCCUACGCAAAAUGGUGUGAUGAGCUGAGCGUCUCCUCUGACAGCAACUCUGACUCUUAAACUGCCCAUACCACAACUGCAUCGUUCAGUCUGUUUUUAAGAGAAAAUGUGUACAUUUUGUAGUGAGGUGUAUGUAUUUCUGAUUUUGUACUCUAGUCCUUGUUCAAUUUUUUGGGAAAAGGAAACUGCAGUUGAUAGCAUUCACCUCCAGUAUUUUUACAUUAUAAGGGCCAAAUGUGGUGUAACAGUGUUAGCACUGCUAUAGGCUAAUUCAGUAGACUUCUGUCCAGCAUGUGUUCUUACUAUCCUUUCU